AUUUUCAGGAUAGUCGGCCUUCGCUCUAUGCAGAUCCCACUCGCUGGCGCUGCGAUCCGUCACUUUGACUCGCACUGGUCGAAGAUACUCUCGUCGCCGCUCUCUCGCCACCCUGAAGUGCUCCGCCCUCUCACUCACUCUCAGCCUGGCCUUGAUUGUCUUUGGUGAGGCGUUGAAGAGUUAGACCAGUGUUCAGUGUCCGUAUUUGUAUCAAUCUCUGCAAUGGCAAUAUGCUGCUGCUACUACACUCCAGCAAAACUCUGGACCCCACAGUCAACUGAGGUGUCAUCAGUCAAGACUCUCCAAAGAUGCAACUUGUCUCUCCCCUCUAGGACAGCCUUAUCCCUUGCCGAGCCUGAUCCCAUAUUCGCCUCUGUAGAAACCUUUGCUCCAGCCACCAUAGCUAACCUUGGUCCUGGAUUCGAUUUCCUAGGCUGUGCUGUUGAUGGCCUCGGAGAUAUUGUCUCCCUAAGCAUUGACGCUAAUGUCCACCCUGGUGAGAUUUCUAUCUCUGAAAUUUCUGGUGACAAUGCCAAAAAGCUGAGCAAGAAUCCACUAUGGAAUUGUGCUGGGAUUGCCGCUAUCGAAGCCAUGAAAAUGCUUGGCAUUCGGUCAGUAGGUCUUUCUCUUUCCCUUGAGAAGGGGUUGCCUUUAGGAAGCGGACUAGGAUCCAGUGCUGCUAGCGCGGCAGCUGCUGCUGUUGCUGUGAAUGAGAUUUUUGGUAAUAAGUUGAGUGUUGAGGAGCUGGUUCUUGCUGCCUUAAAAUCAGAAGAGAAGGUUUCAGGUUAUCACGCUGACAAUGUGGCACCAGCUAUCAUGGGUGGUUUUGUGUUAAUUCGCAGUUAUGAGCCCUUGGAUUUGAUCCAACUGAAGUUUCCAAGUGAGAAGGAUUUGUUUUUUGUAUUGGUAAGUCCUGAUUUUGAAGCACCUACGAAGAAAAUGCGAGCAGCAUUGCCAGCUGAGAUUGGCAUGCCACACCAUGUGUGGAACUCUAGCCAAGCAGGGGCUUUGGUGGCAUCAGUGUUGCAAGGGGAUUUGGCGGGCUUGGGGAAGGCAUUAUCAUCUGAUAAGAUUGUUGAGCCCAGGCGUGCUCCUUUGAUACCUGGGAUGGAGGCUGUGAAGAGAGCUGCCUUAGAGGCGGGGGCAUUUGGAUGUACCAUCAGUGGAGCUGGUCCUACAGCAGUGGCAGUGACGGAUAAUGAGGAGAGAGGGAAAGAAAUUGGGAAACAUAUGGUUGAGGCUUUCUUCAAAGAGGGAAAUUUGAAGGCUUGUGCAAAUGUGAAGCAACUUGAUCGGGUUGGUGCUAGACUUAUUAAGAGCAUGAAGAAUUGAACUUAUCAAGCUUUCCUGGUACCAAAUGUUGGUGUAGCUUCCACACAUUGCAACUCUCUAGCCUCCUAUGCAGCGACUGGGAUGCUCGGUUGAUCGACAAAGAAGCUUGGGAGAACAAUUAACGCUAUGCAGGGGUUUGAUUCUGAAGACUGCUCUGCUUUGAAGAUAAGAAUAAUUGACAAGUUGACUGGUAGACUAGAAAAGGAAUCACAACCAUGUCUUGUUUGAUUUUGCUCAUCUUUUCUGCUAAAGAGAACUCAAUAAAAUAUGCAGAGAUUGCGAUCUGAAUGAGUAAUGAGUAAUCUUAUUUUCCGUCUGUAUGAAAAUACGGGCUUUAUGGAGCUUUGCAUCGUUAGCAUUUUAAUCCGUCAUUUUAGUGAUGGUAAAAUCC